CAAGAGGAGGUGCCGUAGUGACACAUGCGUGCGCAGCAACAAAUAAACAGGCGAUUGGUAUUUUAAUAUCAGCGUCUCAAACGCAAAGCUGACCCAGCAAUAGUCAAAGACGGAUGGAUUUUUCUUUAAUCUGACAGCCAACACGUCCGGGCUCUUAGGGCGUUGUGUGCGCACUCGACUUUCACCCAGUUUGUGCUCGCUUUAAUUUUGGAUCAUAUUUAGGUUGUUGUAGUACCCAUGUAUCUCGAUAACAAGUGAAUGUGACUUUUCAUCCCGCGGUGAAAUAAGAGAGGAUUGGGACAAAGUGACAGCGCUCUUUGGGCUAAAGACUUUCCCCACACUACCGCAAGAGUAAUGGCGACGUCGGCACCUUCCUCCUCUGGCGGCGGUCCGGAUCCCAAAUCGACAAAUUUACGACCACCAUCCUCAAGUUAUGACUGGAGUGGGGUCGCUCAUGGAUGUACGAGGAAACUGGGCAUGAAAAUAUGCGGGUUUUUGCAGAAGAACAAUAACCUGGAUGAGAAAAGCAGAAUAGUCACAAAUGAGCAGCCGACUUCCAAUGAGCGAGACGCGAGGUUCAGACACACCGAGACGGACUUCUCCAACUUAUUCGCCAGAGAUUUACUCCCGGCCAAAAAUGGAGAGGAACCCACCAUGCAGUUCCUGCUGGAGGUGGUGGACAUCCUCACCAACUACGUCCGUAAGACGUUCGACAGGACGACCAAGGUGCUGGACUUCCACCACCCCCACCAGCUCCUGGAGGGCAUGGAGGGCUUCAACCUAGAGCUGUCCGACCAGCCGGAGUCUCUGGAGCAGAUCCUGGUCGACUGCAGGGACACCCUCAAGUACGGCGUGCGGACAGGCCAUCCCAGGUUCUUCAAUCAGCUCUCGACUGGCCUGGACAUCAUUGGGCUGGCUGGAGAAUGGCUCACGUCCACUGCAAACACCAACAUGUUCACGUAUGAAAUAGCCCCGGUGUUCGUGCUGAUGGAGCAGAUCACGCUGAGGAAGAUGAGGGAGCUGGUUGGCUGGCCUGUCGGAGAGGGAGACGGCAUCUUCUCACCAGGGGGCGCCAUUUCCAACAUGUACAGCGUGAUGGUGGCCCGGUACAAGCACUUCCCUGAGAUCAAGACCAAAGGCAUGGCUGCGGCACCCAGACUGGUCCUCUUCACCUCAGAGCACAGUCACUACUCCAUAAAGAAGGCCAGCGCUGCCCUAGGGUUUGGGACAGAAAAUCUCAUUCUCCUCAGCACAGAUGAGAGGGGAAGAGUGAUUCCAGCUGAUCUGGAGGCAAAGGUCAUCGCUGCAAAGCAAAAGGGAUAUGUUCCUAUGUUUGUCAACGCCACUGCGGGUUCCACGGUAUACGGCGCUUUCGACCCCAUCAACGACAUCGCCGACAUCUGUGAGAAGUACGGCAUGUGGCUUCAUGUGGACGGAGCCUGGGGAGGAGGGUUACUCAUGUCCAAAAAGCACAGACACAAGCUGAAUGGCAUUGAGAGGGCCAACUCGGUGACAUGGAACCCUCAUAAGAUGAUGGGAGUUCCGCUGCAGUGCUCUGCCAUACUGGUCAGGGAGAGGGGUCUGCUGCAGGGCUGCAACUCCAUGUGUGCCGGCUACCUGUUCCAGCCAGACAAACAGUACGACGUCACCUACGACACGGGGGACAAGGCCAUCCAGUGUGGGCGCCACGUGGACAUCUUCAAGUUCUGGCUCAUGUGGAAGGCAAAGGGAACAGAGGGCUUUGAGAGACACAUAGACCGAUGUCUGGAGCUGUCCGAGUACCUGUACAACAAGAUCAGGAAUCGGGAGGGUUACCAGAUGGUCUUUGAGGGAGAGCCCCAGCACACCAACGUGUGUUUCUGGUACAUUCCGCCGAGCCUUCGGGACGUGCCGGACGGUGACGAGCGCAGGCAGAGACUGCACAAGGUGGCCCCCAAGAUUAAGGCCAUGAUGAUGGAGUCAGGCACCACUAUGGUCGGAUACCAGCCACAGGGCACCAAGGUCAACUUCUUCCGCAUGGUGAUAUCCAACCCGGCAGCCAUGCACUCCGACAUCGACUUCCUCAUCGACGAGAUCGAGAGACUGGGACAGGACUUGUAAAGGCCCAGCGAGGUGUUGCCUUGUGUUUUAGCAUUGUUGACAUACUGUACCUUAGAGUGAGCACACUGCGGCAUUCCUACUCUGAUACUAACUUUCUCGUAGAGAAGAACACACACAUGCAACGCAACUAAAACUCAAGUGACUCAACUUUUAUUUUAUCAUUAGA